GGAAGUUUGAAUCUGAGCUUUUUGGGCAUUAGAGAGGUCUCUAAUGCACAGACACUGGUUCAGACCUGACCUAGUUAACAACUUUUGUUUUUAGUAACUAACUAAACUGUGAGUUAUUCUGUGGGAUCUUCACAGGUGAGACCAUGGUCAUCCGUGAGCCUACCAGGGCCAAAUUAGACAUCGCACAGCAGUCAUCAGUGAGAUAUAAAUGAUUGUAUGCGUGAAACACCAACAGAUCUAACACGAGUCUUCCAGGACCAGGUUUGAUGGAAACUAUACCCAAGACCUCUCUUAACAGUUACCAAUUGUAUAGCUUGUAUUCUCUAUUCUAGAGGAUACGCCCCAGUACUUUGUUCACAAAUCAUUCAUCUAUAGAUAACUCUUGGCCACAUAUUUCUAUUAACACACCAAGCCUGCUUCACUUCUGCUUUCACACACUAGCAAUAAGUCAUUUUUCAAUUUAAGUUAGAUGGUUGUUGUGGUGUCCCUUUUUUCACCAGAGCUUCCAGGCCUGAACUGUACACAAGCUGAAGAUCAUGUGGUUGUUAAGUUAGAGAUGUAGGAGAUUAUGCCUGAAAUGGUAAAUUAUAGUGAAUGGCUGACCUCUCACCUCUGAUGUCCUUCUACCAGACAUCUGACAUCUGUUCAGACUGCAGCCAGAUCAUUGAGCUAUUCACAGACAUGAUCUCCAACACAGACACCCAGGAGUGGAUCAACAACACCCUGGAUGACCUGUGUCUGCGCCUCCCCAGCGGUGUGGCUCAAAGCCACUGUAUAUCCCAGGUUCAGAUGUACCUGCCCCAAGCCCUCUAGUACCUCAUUGGCAUACUGAAGCCAGGUGAGACGUAUGGUAUUGGGACUGUGUGUUGUCCACUCAAAGAGGGGAGCACCUACAGUUUUCUCCUACCAAUACUGACAUGGACCUGUCCAACGCUGUCCUUGACUCAGGCACCAACCCAGAGGUGCAGGUCAGCCCACAAUGUACCUUCUAUAUUUAUCUCAUGAAGAAACUGGAGAGCAUUUUGCCUACGGAGAAGAUUGAGGAUGCCGUAGUGAAGCUAAUGGGAGGUGUGUGUGGCCUCCUGCCUGCCAGCUAUAAGGACCAGUGCAAUGACUUCAUCAACAAGUAUGGCAAGAAGAUAGUUAAUUUCCUGCUGCCGUCAGCCGCCCCUUACUCCAUCUGUGCCCUGCUGCACCUGUGUAUGUUCCAGGAGACCCCCAGCAUGGAGAUGCCCCUAUCCUCUGACUGUGAUUCCUGCCGUACGAUGUCGGCUCCACCUGGGUCUCAACGCCACUGAAUCUCAGACCUCCUCUUUCCUCCAGUCUGUCUGCCUGAAGCACCCCAACACCAUCCCCAAGGUCUGCCCCUACAUGUUAAUUUAGUGUAUGAGAAGUCUUCGAGUUUGCACAAGUUGUCACCACUACCAGUUCUAGGAGUAGGCCUAAACAUAGCGAUCUAUGCUGUAGUCACCGUAAAAAAAAGAAUAACAAAAAGCAUUCACCUGUGUGAAAAACAAAUCAAAUCAAAUGUUAUUUGUCACAUGCACCGAAUACAACCGGUGAAGUAGACCUUACCGUGAAAUUAUUACUUACAAGCCCUUAACCUCUACGGGAUCGGUGUCCCUCUACCUAGACGGUUGAGCUAAUGUGAUUAGCAU